AUGCCGUUUCAAGAAGAUUUUGCCGUUGAGCAGUUUAUGGACCGUUACGAGACUGGGAUCAGUUACAAUCUUGGUGAAACCUGCUGCCACUCACUGACACUAGCUGAAAUAUCUCAACUUUCCAAUGACAAGCCAUUUCAAUUAGACCCAGAUAUGAGACUUACCUAUGGUGCUAUAAAGGGCUCCAAAGAUUUGAGGACACUCAUCGCGGGGCUUUAUGGGGUUCAGUUUAGCGCGGACAACGUCCUGGUCACAAAUGGUGCUAUUGGCGCGAAUUUCCUGCUAUAUUAUACGCUGGUUGGGAAGGGUGAUCAUGUUAUCUGUGUACAUCCCACGUACAGUCAGCUUUACAGUGUACCAAAGAUGUUUGGCGCUGAGGUCACCCUCUUGGAGCUGUCCGAGAAGGAUUCAUUUCUUCCCAACUUGGAUACCUUAAAGAAGGCAAUCAAAUCCAACACAAAAUUGAUUAUUAUUAACAAUCCUAAUAACCCACUUGGAUGUGUCAUAUCUGAUGAGUUGUUGACCAGCAUCUGUGAACUGUGUAAGGAAAAAAAUGUAUACUUGCAUUGCGAUGAAGUUUACAGGCCAAUAUUUCAUUCUUUGCCCUCUGGAGUAACCACCCCACGGAGUGCAGCACAGAUAUACGACAAUGCAGUUGUUUCAGGGUCUAUGUCCAAGGCGUUCUCUCUCGCUGGUAUACGUUUGGGAUGGAUAGUGAGUAAGAAUGCCAAGCUUCUACGUGAUGCAGCUUCCAGGAGGGACUACAAUACGAUAUCUGUGAGUAUGGUUGAUGACGCAGUAGCACAGUAUGCUCUGAAGAACUGCGAUGCUAUUGUAAAACGCAACUAUGAGUUGUGUUUGGAGAAUUUGAAGAUUCUUGAUAAGUUCAUGGAUGGAAACGCGGAUAUUUUCCAGUACGUUUGUAAACCUCAAGCGGGCACCGUUUGUCUUAUCAAAGUUUCGCAGAUCGAGGACACGUUGUCAUUUGCCAAGUUUCUCGCAGAAGAAUACAGUGUGUUGACCGUACCCGGUGAGACCUUCGACUUUCCUGGCACUCUCAGAAUAGGGUACGCUAAUGAUACGAAGGACUUACAGGAGGGACUACCGCUGCUAAAGAGUGCAUAUACCAAUUGGCUCGCUCGUGAAACCGUUGACGGGAAUUGA